AUGGGAACUCCUUCAGGAAACAGCUUCGACAAUCUCAUCCCAUAUUCCAAGGGUCCUUACAAGGAAUCCGACUAUGGAAAUGAAGAAGUAGCCCAAUCCUUCAAAGAAGAGAAAAAGAGAAAACAAAUGGAGGCCAUGGCAGAUGACUUAUUCAAUCACUACGGGGGGAGAAAGCGGGCUGCUGCAGGUUCUCGCAAAGGAGUUUCUGCUCGUGGUUAG